AGUCAGCGAGCCCCAGUGCCUAUUUGAAGGAUUGGUUUCUUCAUGUUGGACCAUGAUGAGGACUUUGCAGCCUUGGUUGAUCGUCAACUUGCAAGGCUGUCAGCGAGGCUGGAGAUGCUGCUCAGCAGUUAAGAGCAUUUGUUGCUCUUGCUGGGGACCAUUCUCACAACCACCAGUAUCUCCAGUUAACAGGGGAGCUGGCACCCUCCUCUAGCCUCUAAGGGCACCUGCACUCAUGUGGUGCGCAUGCCUCCCCCAUAUAGACAUAUAAUUAAAAACUACUUUAAGAAGAAGAGUUUCUGAGGAUUUUAGUCACAUUGUCACAGGAGGAAUAAGAGUGGUAUCACAAGGGAGUAGGGAAGGGGAGCUGGGUUUAGAAGCACAUGUCCUUGCUCCUCAGAUGGGCCAUGUGUCUCAGCCCCAGUUCCAGCUCGAACUCAUCAGCCCUCUUUUGAUGUCUGUCCUAGUUCAUAUGGAGAGACCAAGUCCCCGUGGUUCCUGGCUUGUCGGCUGUCUCUUCACCAUAGCUGUCUUCCAGCCGCCUGUUCAGGUGUCAGGGGAUGCUGGCAAGGUCUACAUAGCCCCUCUUAGGGACACAGCCAACUUGUCCUGCCCUCUCUUCCUCUGGCCUAACAUGGUACUCAGCGAGAUGAGGUGGUAUCGGCCCGGACACCUACCUCGCACCCAGGCUGUCCACGUGUUCCGGGAUGGGCAGGACAGAGAUGAAGACCUGAUGCCAGAAUAUAAGGGCAGGACGGCACUGGUGAGGGAUGCCCACAAGGAAAGCUACAUCCUGCAAAUCAGUAAUGUGAGGCUCGAGGACCGAGGGCUGUACCAGUGCCAGGUCUGGGUCGGAAACUCAAGUCGAGAAGACAACGUGACCCUGCAGGUGGCAGUUUUAGGUUCUGAUCCCUACAUCCACGUGAAGGGCUAUGAUGCUGGGUGGAUCGAGCUGCUGUGUCAAUCAGUGGGAUGGUUCCCAAAGCCGUGGACUGAGUGGAGAGACACGACGGGUAGAGCGCUACUCUCCCUUUCAGAGGUUCACUCCCUGGAUGAAAAUGGGCUGUUCCGAACAGCAGUGUCCAGCAGAAUCAGGGACAAUGCCCUGGGAAAUGUGUCCUGCACUAUCCAUAAUGAGGCCCUUGGCCAAGAGAAGACGACGGCCAUGAUUAUUGGAGCCCCAGAACGAGGAAGUCUGUCCUCUCCAGCAGUGGCUCUCUCUGUGGUCUUGCCCAUCUUGGGGCUCCUCAUCCUCCUUGGCAUCUGGCUCAUUUGUAAACAAAAAAAAUCAAAAGAGAAGCUGCUGUAUGAGCAAGUGAUGGAGGUAGAAAAUCUUCUGGAAGACCAUGCCAAAGAAAAAGGAAGACUCCACAAAGCCCUCAAGAAACUCCGGAGUGAACUGAAGUUGAAAAGAGCGGCGGCCAAUGCAGGCUGGAGAAGAGCCCGGCUACAUUUUGUGGCAGUGACCCUGGACCCCGACACGGCACAUCCCAAACUCAUCCUGUCUGAGGAUCGGAGAUGUGUGAGGCUCGGCGACAGGAAGCGGCCUGUUCCUGACAACCCAGAGAGGUUUGAUUUUGUUGUCAGCGUCCUGGGCUCCGAGUAUUUCACAACCGGCUGUCACUACUGGGAAGUGUACGUGGGCGAGAAGACCAAAUGGAUUCUUGGAGUGUGUAGUGAGUCUGUGAGCAGGAAAGGGAAGGUCACGGCCUCGCCUGCCAAUGGCCACUGGCUUGUGCGACAGAGCCGUGGGAAUGAGUAUGAAGCUCUCACGUCCCCGCAGACCUCCUUCCGCCUCAAAGAGUCUCCAAAGUGUGUGGGGAUUUUCCUGGACUAUGAAGCCGGCAUCAUCUCCUUCUACAACGUGACUGAUAAGUCCCACAUCUUCACUUUCACCCACAGUUUCUCGAGCCCACUUCGCCCUUUCUUUGAACCUUGUCUUCACGAUGAGGGGAAAAACACGGCACCUCUGAUCAUUUGUACUGAGCUUCAGAAAUCAGAGGAGUCGAUUGUCCCCAAACAAGAAGGAAAAGACCGUGCUAAUGGAGACGUGUCCCUGAAGAUGAACCCAUCCUUACUGUCCCCUCAGGGUUCUGAGCUAUUUCUGCUUAAUGAUACCUGGCCCUCUAACCUUGGCCCUGCCCUUAAGGGCCUCAAAGUUCCUUCUUUGUAGGGCUGUGCCCUGUGCUCCACUCUCGUGAGCAUCCGGCCUGGCACCCUGGACCCAGGCUCCUGGCCCAGCAUCUGUUUCUCCAGUACCUCAUCUCCUUGACCCCAGUCCAGAGCCUUCUGUGGUUUCUCUUCUGCUUUUCUCCCAGGGCUCGGUUCUGAACUCUGCCUUGUUCUUGAGACAUUCCCAUUGCCCUGGCAGAUGGCUUUUUGAAAUCAACAAAAUGCACUCAGGCAAGGUUCAGGAGGAGACCUUGGAUGUAAUGCAGGGGGACUCCGUUCAGGCCAGGGGAAAGGGCUCUCUCCCUGAGGGAACCUUGGCAGCAGCUUCUCUUUGUCAGCCUGCUCAGGGGUUAUCAGGUGUGAACUUACAGCCCCCAGACCCAAA